AUGGAUCCAGCGUCAAUAGUGGCGCAAACAUUAACCAUCCAACGGUCAUUGAGCGUGAUCGCAGCCACCCUCGCUCUUACUGCUUAUUUAUUCCCGAAACAGGCUCAGAUUUCUGAUCUGAAGGAAUUCGACAUAAUAAUAGUAGGCGGCGGAUCGGCAGGAUGCGUGCUGGCGGACCGACUUACUGAAGACGGUCGCUUCUCUGUGCUGCUCAUAGAAGCGGGUGGCGACGCUCCCCAAGAAGCUAUUUUGCCGAGCCUCUUUCCGUAUUUGCCACAUACAAAGUACGACUUUAACUACACAUCGAAGAUUGAUAACUCAACGUACCAAACCCAUAAAAUCCGUGCGCUCAAUUUGACCGCUGGCCGAGUCCUAGGCGGAGGCAGCAGCGUCAACUACAUGGCGUACGUCCGCGGCUGCCCUGACGACUAUUGGUGCUGGGCUAAAGAUAUCGGUGACGACGACUGGGGAUGGGACAAAGUCUUUCCUUUUUUUCUUAAAAGUGAGAAGAUCGUGAGUCCGGAAAUUCUUCACUCACCCUACAGGACUUAUCACGGGACUAAAGGGUUCUUAAAGGUUUCUAGGGAAAAUCGGUCAGAUAUCGAAAAGUACUUGAGAAGCUUCGAAGAAGUAGGAAAACCGGUGGUUUUCGAUAUCAACGGUCCCUCCAGUACCGGCUACACCCCACUAUUGCUCACCAUCGCAGACGGAGUGCGCCAAACGACGGCUUACACUAACUUAGCGAGAAUAAAGAAGCGUCCCAAUUUGUUCGUAAAGAAAAAUAGUUUUGUUACAAAAAUUGUUAUUGACGAUGACAACGUUGCGAAGGGUGUCGAGUUUGUGACAGAAGACGGGAAGACCCUGAAGGCUAUAGCGAGGCGCGAGGUUAUCGUGUGUGCGGGCACAAUCAACUCUGCGAGGUUGUUGAUGGGGUCCGGCAUCGGGCCCCGACACCAUCUAGACGAGUUCAACAUUAAAGUGAAGAGCGACCUGCCCGUCGGCUACAACUAUCACGACCACACGACGGUAAUCUUAUCUAUCAAGACGGAGGAGAGUUCCGGCACUCCGCCUGCUCCCGACCCACACAUACUUCCGUUUCCCGCUUUCGGUGGCUAUAUUGCGUUGAACGAAUCGCAAUCAUGUCCGGAUUACCAAACCUUAGUUUUUACGGUUCCGAACGACUCGCCCGGCCCGAUGCAGCUCUGCGCGUUCAACAUGGGCUUCGAAGACGAUAUUUGUCAAAAUCUCUUCGAUGCCAGUAAAGGGCGAAACUCAUUGUUCGUAAAUUUAGUUUUGCUGCAUCCUCGUUCACGGGGGCGGGUCAAACUGCAGAGCGACGAUCCGUUCGCCGCGCCAGUGGUGGAGCCGGGCACGUUCGCAGACAAAAGGGACCUCGACGAUUUUGCGAAGUACGUUGCAGACUUUGUUGGGGUUGUGAAUUCAUCAUAUUUCAAAAGUAUAAAAGCGGAGGUUGUGGAUUUACCAGGGCCGAGAUGCGCGAACUUGGAGGGUUUGGACUACUGGCGUUGUUACGUCUUGAGUAGCAUGUCGACGCUGUGGCACUAUGUUGGAACGUGCUCUUUGGGCCCCGUGGUGGAUUCGUCACUUCGUGUGCGAGGCAUACGUCAUUUGCGUGUGGCAGACGCGAGCGUUAUGCCGAAAGUUGUGGGCGGCAACAUUAACGCACCUGUUAUUAUGGUCGCCGAGAAGGCAGCGGACAUCAUCAAACGACAAAACCCCAAAUAA